UUUUCCUACACCGGCCAUCCCCUUUGCCACUCCCGUUUGCACUCUGGGCAGCAAAUGAAGCCGCUGCUGAGCCAGCUCUCGUUUUCGGGAAGUCAGGUGACCUUUCCCCUCCGCCUGCUCCCAGCCUGUCCCUGCCCCUGAAGUGGACAGCAUGGACCCACUGAUGGCUCUCCUGUGCCUGCUGUCCCUGUACUCAGGACCGGCCAGCACCACUCCCUCCUGCCCUCAGAACGUCAAUAUCUCCGGUGGCACGUUCACGCUCAGCCACGGCUGGGCCCCGGGCAGUCUCCUCGUCUACUCCUGCCCCCAGGGCUUCUACCCGGUCCCGGUGUCGCGGCUGUGCAAGAGCAACGGGCAGUGGCAGACCAAGGGGUCCACCCGACUGGUCCGGGCAGUCUGCAGACCUGUCCGCUGUCCAGCCCCCGGCUCCUUGGAGAACGGCAUGUACAGCCCACGGCUGGUGGCCCACUCUGUGGGUAGCAACGUAAGCUUCGAGUGUGAGGACGGUUUCACGCUGCGGGGUUCGGCCGUGCGACAGUGUCGCCCCAAUGGCCUGUGGGACGGAGAGACAGCCGUGUGCGACAAUGGGGCCGGCCACUGCCCCAACCCAGGCACGUCACCGGGUGCAGUGCGGACAGGCUCCCGCUUUGGCCUUGGGGACAAGGUCAGCUACCUCUGCUCCUCAAACCUGGUGCUGACGGGGUCUGUGGAGCGAGAGUGCCAGAGCAACGGCGUCUGGAGUGGGACGGAGCCCAUCUGCCGCCAGCCCUACUCUUAUGAUUUCCCUGAGGAUGUGGCGCCUGCCCUGGGCACGUCCCUGUCCCACCUGGUUGGAGUCACCAAUCCCACCCAGAAGAAGAAGGAAAACCUGGGCCGGAGAAUCCAAAUCCAGCGCUCCGGUCACUUGAACCUCUACCUGCUCCUGGAUGCCUCGCAGAGUGUGUCGGAAGACAAUUUCCACACCUUCAAGAGCAGCGCCAACAUGAUGGUGGACAGGCUCUUCAGCUUCGAGAUCAACGUCAGCGUGGCCAUCAUCACCUUCGCCUCAAAGCCCAAAGUCCUCAUGUCCGUCCUGAACGACAACUCCCGGGAUGCCACAGAAGUGGUCAGCUGUCUGGACAAUGCCGACUACAAAGAUCAUGAAAACGGAACUGGGACCAACACCUAUGAGGCCUUUCGCAGCGUCUACAUCAUGAUGAAUAACCAGAUGCAGCGCCUUGGUAUGCAGUCGGCAGCCUGGCAGGAAAUACGACACGCCAUCAUCCUUCUGACAGACGGAAAGUCCAACAUGGGUGGCUCCCCAAAACCAGCCGUGGACAGCAUCAAAGAGCUCGUGAACGUCAACCAGAACAGGAACGACUAUCUGGACAUCUACGCCAUCGGGGUGGGCGAGCUGGAUGUGGACUGGAGGGAACUGAACGAGCUGGGGUCGAAGAAGGAUGGUGAGAGGCAUGCCUUCCGGCUGUCGGACGCAAAGGCUCUGCAACAGGUGUUCGAGCACAUGCUGGAUGUCUCCAAGCUCACGGAUACCAUCUGUGGGGUGGGGAACAUGUCAGCCAAUGCCUCUGACCAGGAGAGGACACCUUGGCACGUCACCAUUAAGCCCAGGAGCCAGGAGACCUGCCGGGGGGCCCUCAUCUCCGACCAGUGGGUCCUGACAGCGGCUCACUGCUUCCGCCACGCCGAGGAGGACCGCUCCCUGUGGAGGGUCCACGUGGGGGAUCCCAGCUCCCAGUGGGGCAAAGACUACAGUAUUGAGGAGGCGGUGAUCUCCUCGGGGUUUAACGUCUCUGCCAAGAAGAACCAGGGGAUCCCGGAGUUCUACGGCGAUGACAUCGCCUUGCUGAAGCUGACCCAGAAAGUCAAGAUGUCCAGUCACGCCAGGCCCAUCUGCCUCCCCUGCACGGUGGAGGCCAACCUGGCUCUGCGGCGGCCUCCGGGGAGCACCUGUCGGGAUCACGAGAAUGAACUUCUCAGCCAAGUGAACAUUCCCGCGCAUUUUGUCGCCUUGAAUGGGAACAAAAUGAACAUCCACCUCAAGAUGGGGACAGAGAGGACAAGCUGUAUCAACGCCGUCACCCAAGACAAAGUCGUGUUCCCCGAGCUGACUGAUGUCACAGAGGUGGUGACAGAUCAGUUUCUGUGCAGUGGAACCCGGCAGGACGACCAUCCCUGCAAGGGAGAAUCUGGGGGAGCCGUUUUCCUUGAGAAGAGAAUGAGGUUUUUUCAGGUGGGCCUGGUGAGCUGGGGUCUGUACAACCCCUGUGCUGGUGCCAAAGACAAAAACUUCCGCGGAAAACCCCAUCCCGGCCGGGUGCCCCCGCCACGGGACUUCCACAUCAAUCUCUUCCGCCUGCAGCCCUGGCUGAGGCAGCACUUGGACGGGGUCCUGAACUUUCUGCCCCUCUGAUCCGGGCCCAUGCCCUUUGCUGUUGUGCCAGGAUCUGCCAUCUCUCCUACCUUCCAGUUCCGAAAGCCCACCCUCAGCCCCCAGACUGAGGCAAUCCCUGUCUCCGCAUGGCAUCCUGGAGGCAGCGCUGGCAAGCUGGGGAAAUUCCCUGGUGCCGCCCACUCCUCCUCCUCCUCCCCCUGGUCUACUUGAUGCAUGCUCCUUUCACUUUCACGUGGAAUUUCCAAAUUAUGAAAUGAAUAAAAACCAGUGAUUUCCA